AUGGAUGAUAUGGACAAAUUAAGUUGUAAAGAAGAAUUAUUAGAUAUGAGCGACUUAGAGCACUCCGCUACUGACGACCAUAGGGAAUCUGAAAGUAAGUGUAAGAAGAAGAAGCGAAGACGUCGUGAAAUAGAUAUGAUAAAGUUAUCAGAUGAUGAUGAGACUGAUGAUGAAGUGCAUACAAAGAAGAUGAUUAGGCGUUUAAGCCCAGUUCCCAAUUCUCCUGCAUCGCAUAGAGAGCCUCGCACUUGUGUGUUGAAGGCUAGCCAGAAGAGGCGUCCACUGUCCCGCCUUUUGGAGCAGCUGCUACGCAAUCUUGAGAAGCGUGACCCGCACCAGUUCUUCGCGUGGCCAGUGAAUGAUAACUUUGCACCAGGCUACUCUACCAUCAUACGUCGUCCGAUGGACUUCUCCACCAUGAAGCAGAAGAUAGAUGAUAAUGAAUACAAGUCGCUUAAUUGUUUCAUUAGUGAUUUUAAGUUGAUGUGCAACAACGCAAUGAAGUAUAACAAGCCCGGUACUGUGUACCACAAAGCAGCCCGACGCCUUCUCCAUGCUGGUUUGAAGCAGUUAACACCGCAGAAACUGCGUCCACUUGGAGACAUCCUCACUUAUAUGUAUGAGAUACCGAUAAGAGAACUCGGCUUUGACAUUGGGAAGAUGGAUGUGCAUAAGGUCCUGAAGCGCAGCAGCCCGAUCAAGAGCGGCGGCUCCGAGGCGGAGGUGGUCUCCGACGGGGGCCAAGAGAGGCAGGACUCGGGCGACAGCGUGAAGAUACAGAUGGAGGCCGCCAGGGAGCAGCACCGCCGGCGGCUCGCCAAGAAAGCGUUCCCGCGCAUGGACGCCGAGGGGAAGACGACCCUCUGCCUGGUCACCAGCACGGUGGAGGGCAGCGGCGAGGAGAGGCCCCUCACGCUGGGCCGCUACAUCGGCAAGCUCACGCAGGGCACCGGCACCCUCCACACGCCCCGCGAGGACCGACGCAACCUGGCCAAGUGCGUGAAGCCCCUCAACUACGGCCCGUUCAGCUCCUACGCGCCCUCCUACGACGGCACCUUCGCGACCCUCACCAAGGAGGAGUCCCAUCUCAUCCUCCACACCCUGCCGUCCGAAAUGGGCCAGGGCAAUGAGGAGCUGCUCCGCUUCGCGCCCGACUCGCCCUGGGCGCUCAUCUACGACAUGGAGGCCAUGUUCCCGGACCGCAAGGCGCAGCCCGACCAGCCCCCGCCGCCGGAGGAGAACGACCUGUCCAAGGUGAAGAUCGACGUGGAGCAGCUGCGCGGCCUCUCGGAGCUGGGCAUCGACGUGGACUUCCUGAACGACAUCGAGGAGGAGCUGGCGGCCGCGCAGCAGGACUACGGCAUCGGCGGCGCCCUGCGGCAGGCCCACGACCUCAUACUCAAGCUGGAGAACGAGCAGAGGGAGAGGCUGUCGGCGCCGCCGCCGUGGCACCUGUCGUUGUGCGCGCGCGCCGGCGCGGCGGAGCGCGAGGCGGCGCGCGCGCUGGCCGCCUGGCUGCGCGGCAUGGUGGCGCGCGUGCCGCCCGGCCGGGUGGCGCCGCGGCCCGCGCUGCGCCACGCGCUCGGCGUCACGCUGGCGCACCUCGACACGCCGCUAUCCCUGGACGAGUUGGAAAUGGACCUCCAGGACAAUCGCGACGCGCCCUCAGACCCCGACUCGCGCUCCAGCCACGACAAG